AUGUUGUCUCGGCUAAGACCGAGGUCGGUCUUCAUCAUCUUUAUGGCGGCACUAUCGCUUUAUUUUCUAGUCUUUAGCGGUCCGUCGCCGAGGUUGCACAUUGUCCCUUACACUAAGGGUGGAAACACGGACAAGCAAGGCUCAGCAAAAGACACGAAAAACAAUCAACACGACGAAAAACCGCUCUCCAGCCCCAGGCCGGAAGACGUUGCACUCAAGCCUGACCCUGGCCAUCACCACGAGGAACCUACUGGUACUCGUGCGGGUUGGGAAAUCGACAUUGAUGAUCUGACCUAUUGGUCCGACCCGGACGAUCCGGAGACCAACGACGACGUCCUGCCUGGCUACGAAACCGACGGCACGCCCAGAGAGGCCGGUGAUGUUGCCAGACUGCAGCACGAGAAAGACUUGCGAAAGAUGUGGCGUUACGCUUACAAAACCACUGCAAAACUCGCAAACUCCAACCUAGUUUAUGGUAACACACUCAACCAGCUGAUACAAAAAGACAAUCGAACCGAAGAACAAAGCAAGUGCCUUCGUGAGGAUCCGAACGUGAAAUUCAAGUUCAAUGAUGAUCAGCCUGUGCGAUUUAACCCUUAUCCCGACUACAAUGGCGACGAAUGGAAGAAAGAUGGUCAUGCCCCUUACGUGCCCUGCAAGGGUCCCACCGGCGAAUUUGUUGAAGACUUGCUUGUUUUCCGCGGUCGCCCAGCGAGAUGGCCUCAGACCAAGUUUGGGGGCUACGACUUGUUUGGUAUUGACCCGAAUUUGUGCUGGGAACGUGAUUCCCGCCUAGGCCAGUACGGGCUCCAGGAAAUGAAGAAGAAGGUCGGGGGAUCGUAUAAACCUAUUGAUUGGGAUAACGUCAAUUGGGGUGAAUUACAGAAGCACUGUUUGAAGCAAAAUGCCGACCGAUUCGACAUGACUAUGAGCAAGAAAAAUCCCUAUCUUAACAACUACACCGAGAAUCAUCAGCAGGCUACCCGGUCCGAGUACAUCAAGACAGAAGCGCCAAAAAUCAAGGGGAGAUUCAUUGGUGCGAAACAGGGCCAGAUCACCAAGGAGUCUCGAACGGCUCUCCUGCUUCGAUCAUACACGGGAAUGAAGUACACCGACAACGACAGACAAGUCAUUCGUGCCCUGGUCAGCGAACUCAGUCUCAAGACAGGUGGACAAUAUGAGGUUUUCCUCCUAGUCCACUCCAAGAAUCAAAGUCUUCCCAUUUUUGAUGAUGACGAGCUGUACCAAACUGUCCUCAAGGAGAAUGUGCCUGCAGAAUUCCAUGGCAUGACAGUCUUGUGGAGCGACCAUCAGGUCUGGGAUGUGUAUCCCGCGUUGACAGACGAGUAUGCACGAGCUGUUCACAGCGCUCAGUGGCUUUCGGUUCAAAAGUUCAGUCAGGACCACCCGCAAUUCGAUCACAUUUGGAACUGGGAGAUGGAUUUCCGAUACACCGGUCACCACUACGACCUUCUCGAGAAACUGUCCGCGUUUGCGAAGAAACAGCCUCGGAAAUAUCUGUGGGAGAGAAACGAGCGCUACUAUAUUCCCGAAUACCACGGCGACUAUGACACCUCUUUCCGCGAAGACGUUGCAAAGAAGCGGGGCAACAAGACGGUUUGGGGGCCUCCUGACCUGCCGUUCGUCAAGCCUGUCGGUCCUAAACCUCCAGUGGCUUCUCAUGAAGAGGAUAACUAUGAAUGGGGUGUUGGUGAAGAAGCCGAUUUCAUUAGUGUUGGCCCUAUUUUUGAUCCUGUUGACAGCCAGUGGAUUAUAUCAAACCAUGUUUGGGGUUACAGCGACGAAAACCACAAGUCUACCGACCUUCCUCGACGCACAACCAUCGUCACCCAGUCCCGAAUUUCAAAACGUCUCCUCGACAUCAUGCACGUUGAGAACUUGCGUGGUCAGCAUGUCGCAUCUGAGAUGACUGCGCAGACGGUUGCAUUGCUUCACGGCUUGAAGACUGUCUUCGCUCCCCAUCCAGUCUUUAUGGAUCGUGAUUGGAAGGGAGGCUUCCUCAAUAACUGGUUCAACCCUGGACCUGAUGGCGAAUCUGGCGGCCGUGGAUCACCGUUUGGCUGGGGGAGGGAGCGCCGUUUCCAAGGUACCACCUGGUAUUACCGUGCCGAGCCGCCGAACCGACUCUACAACAACUGGAUGGGCUGGGUUGACACCAAUAUUGGCGGAAUCGACUGGGAGAAGAAACAUGGACGCCCCUGCUUGCCGUCGGUUAUGCUUCACCCCAUUAAAAACACGCAACCCACAAAGCCCGGCCACAAGUCUGAAUUCGAAUUGGCUAUUGGCUAA